CGCACCUUGAACAACAUGCGUGCAUUUGUUGACCGAUGGUGUCGAAGUCGCCCCGUACUUGUGUUGAUGCUGAUGAUCUCAUACUCUGUGCAGAGUUUGCUCAUCUCCUACUCAAAGUCGCACGUUACGUACAGCUCCUCAGUUGCAGUGGCCUUUGCAGAGCUGCUGAAGCUGAUUUUUGCCUUGGCGAUGCUUCCACCGAAGGUGAUCUACACUUUGCCCAAGUCGGCAAGUUGGCUCUACGCUGUGCCUGCUACACUCUACACAUUGCAAAAUCGGCUCGUGUUUGAGGCUCUGCGGUUUCUUGGACCACCUGAGUACCAGCUGCUCAACAACAUGAAGCUCUUUACCACAUCGAUCGUUUUUCGAGUAGUCAUGAAGCGGCAGCUACGUGUCUUUCAGUGGUUGGCUUUGAUUUUUUUGGGACUUGGCAUGGCCGUUGCGACCACGCCCACCAGCAGUGUGGAACAAACACAGGAGAGCCAUGAUUUGUGGACAGGGACAAUCAUUAUGAUCACAGUCGCGUGGUGCUCUGCAGCUGCCGGCGUUCUGAAUGAAUGGCUCAUCAAGAAAAGCUCAAGCGUCCUUGAGGCCAACGUGUGGCUCUACCUCUUCGGUGUCAUCACAGCAGUUGCUCCGCUUCCUUGGAGCGAUCCUGACGGUGGAUAUUUGGAAGGCUUCAGCACUUCAGUUUUUCCUUGGAGUGUAGUGCUUUGCAACGCGGUUUUGGGUCAGUCGAUAGCUUUUCUCUUCAGGUAUGCCGAUUCGAUUGUGAAGCUCCAGGCAGUUUGUGCCGCGAUGGCACUGACAACACUGUUGUCCAGAAUCUUCUUCGACUACAAAAUCCAUUUUCAUGCCUUGGGUGGCUACCUGGUCACGUUUCUUUCGAUGUGUUUGUACUACACCCCAUCUGAAGUUCUGGUUUCCACUGACGCAGAGUUUCUGAGUUCAGUUGACCUCAGCAAAUACAUUUCCUCCACCAAGCCAACGUCUACGGAGUCUACGACGUCCGAGAAGUCGGACUGAAGAUGACUCUUCGAUGACUCUUCGAUGACUCUUCAGAGCCGCGGCUCUGUCUCGAGUUUUGAAGCGCCACGGAGUCGCCGUGGACCGACUCACCGAGGAUCAGAGAGUCGCCACAUGAUCUCAGAGCUGUGGGAGAAGUACAGCCCAGUGUAAAGCAGAACAAGGAGAUCAACAAGAUUUGAACAAGGAGAUCAAAAGAGAUCAAAAGAGAUCAAAAAAGAUCAAAAGAGAUCAAGGAGACUUGGCAAGUCGUGGACAAGUCCUGGACGAGUCUCGGAUGGAAUUUUGACAUGGAGAUCCAGCAACCAAGGCCAAACUGCAGAGCAUUUGCCCGUUUCUCCAGACCUUCUCUGUCUGUCUGUACAGAAACACUUUUUGAAAGAGAGCCACAAAAAA